AUGUCGGACCAGUCGGCCUUCGACACGGACGUAUGGACCCUGACCCGGUUCAUCCUGGAGACCGGGCGCCAGGCCAAGGGAGCGACCGGGGAGCUGACCCAACUCAUCACCGCCAUCCUCACGUCAAUCAAAGCCAUUUCCUCCGCUGUGCGCAAGGCAGGCCUGGCCCACCUGCAGGGCAUGGCGGGCUCGGUGAACGUGACUGGAGACGAUCAGAAGAAGCUGGACGUGCUGUCCAACGACCUGGUCAUCAACAUGCUGCAGGCCUCCUACGGGACCUGCUGCCUGGUGUCAGAGGAGAACGAGGAGCUCGUCAUCACGCCCAAAGACAAGAGGGGAAAGUACGUGGUGUGUUUCGACCCCCUGGACGGAUCCAGUAACAUCGACUGCUUGGCCUCCAUCGGCACCAUAUUUGCCAUUUACAAAAGGGUCACCGAGGGGGAGCCCACAGAGAAAGACGCCCUGCAGCCGGGCAGCAGCAUCGUGUGUGCCGGCUACGCUCUGUACGGCAGCGCCACCCUGGUGGCCCUCAGCACCGGCGCCGGCCUCAACUUCUUCAUGCUGGACCCGGCGAUUGGUGAGUUCAUCCUCAGCGAGAGGAACGUGAAGAUCAAGCCGAAGGGAAAGAUCUACAGCCUGAACGAGGGCUACGCCAAAUACUUCCAUCCGUCGAUCAAUGAGUACCUGAAGCACAAGAAGUAUCCAGAGGACGGCAGCUCUCCCUACGGAGCUCGGUAUGUGGGCUCAAUGGUCUCAGAUGUUCACCGCACCAUCGCCUACGGAGGAAUCUUCAUGUAUCCAGCCAAUGAGAAGAGCCCGAAGGGAAAGCUGCGGCUGAUGUACGAGUGCAACCCCAUCGCCUUCCUGGUGGAGCAGGCGGGGGGGCUCGCCACCACUGGCACCCAGCGGGUCCUGGACGUGCAGCCUGAGGCGCUCCACCAGCGGGUUCCCUUCGUGGUCGGUUCCCGUGACGACGUCAACGAGUACCUGUCCUUCGUCAAGAAGUUCCCAUGA